UUCUUUUCUUCUACUUUUCUCCAAACUGGCAUAUGCCAUCGCCCCUGAAGAAAUACUAGAAACUCAAAUUAGCCGCUCGCACCUUUAAGCUCGAUUUCUGCUGCAAGAAACUGUUACUUCAACGAGAAAAGAAGAACUGUCAUUAAAUCGAAGCAUCAUGUCUACAACAAGUAAUAAUAACAGUAGUAGUGAAGUUGAAGUGAAAAGGGUGUUUAUAGGAGCAGGAUGCAACAGAGUAGUUAACAACGUUUCUUGGGGUGCUUCUGAUUUGGUUUCUUUUGGUGCUCAAAACGCUGUUUCCAUUUUUUGCCCUAAGACUGCUCAGAUUUUGACUACACUUCCAGGUCAUAAGGCAUCUGUUAAUUGUACCCAUUGGAUUCCUAGCAAUAAAUUUGCUUUCAGAGCAAAAAACUUAGGGCAGCAUUAUCUACUAUCUGGAGAUGCUGAUGGUGCCAUCAUUUUAUGGGAAUUAUCUCUUGCUGACAGAAAGUGGAGGCAAGUGUUACAAUUACCACAUUCACACAAGAAGGGUGUUACAUGCAUCGCUGGAAUUAUGGUUUCUCAAACUGAAGCCAUCUUUGCAUCAGCUUCCUCUGAUGGUUCAGUUAAUAUAUGGGAACUGGUCCUUUCUUCUUCUCCUGGAGGUGAGUGCAAGUUGUCAUGUCUAGAGACCCUCUUGGUUGGUUCAAAGCCUAUGGUGGCACUAUCAUUAGCAGAAUUACCUGGAAAAUCAGGCCAUAUAGUCCUUGCAAUGGGGGGACUAGAUAGCAAGAUUCAUCUUUACUGUGGGGAGAGGACAGGAAAGUUUAUUCAUGCUUGUGAGUUGAAAGCACAUACAGAUUGGAUCCGGAGUUUGGACUUCUCAUUACCCAUAUGUAUGGAAGGAGAAGGAAAUAGCAUUUUUCUUGUUAGUUCAUCUCAAGACAAGGGCAUACGCAUAUGGAAGAUGGCUCUAAGAGGUUCACUAGCCAACAGUGAGGGUACAUACAGGAAAGAGGAAAUAAGCCUGGCAUCUUACAUUGAAGGUCCUGUAAUUGUAGCUGGCUCUUCCUCUUAUCAGAUAUCAUUAGAAUCUCUUCUAAUUGGACACGAGGAUUGGGUAUACUCGGUAGAAUGGCAACCCCCUUCAACUACAUUAGCUGAAGGGACUAUUUAUCAUCAACCUCAAAGCAUUUUAUCUGCUUCAAUGGACAAGACAAUGAUGAUCUGGCAGCCUGAAAGGAAAUCUGGUAUCUGGAUGAAUGUGGUCACUGUUGGUGAACUAAGUCAUUCUGCUCUAGGGUUUUAUGGGGGUCACUGGAGCUCAGAUGGAUUAUCAAUUUUAGCACAUGGAUUUGGUGGAGCAUUCCAUAUGUGGAAAAAUAUUGGUGUCGGCAUGGAUAAUUGGCAACCACAAAAGGUCCCAACUGGGCACUUUGCUCCAGUGACAGACAUUUCAUGGGCAAAGUCUGGUGAAUACAUAUUAUCAGUUAGUCAUGACCAGACAACUCGUAUUUUUGCCCCAUGGAUAAAUGAAACAUCUCCCCACAAUGGGGAGUCCUGGCAUGAAAUUGCUCGACCUCAAGUUCAUGGUCAUGACAUUAAUUGUGUGUCUAUCGUCCAAGGAAAGGGAAACCAUCGUUUUGUUAGUGGAGCUGAUGAGAAAGUUGCAAGAGUCUUUGAAGCUUCUUUGUCUUUCCUAAAGACUUUGAAUCAUGCCACCUUUCAGAAUUCUAAUUUUCCUGUAGGUCUACAAGUUGAUGUCCAGAUUUUAGGUGCAAAUAUGUCUGCUCUUGGUCUGUCACAGAAACCUAUCUAUGUGCAUUCUGUGCGUGAGACUACAGAUAGAAAUGGUAAUGAUGGUCUUGACACCCUUGAAAGUGUUCCUGAUGCAGUUCCAGUUGUGUUUAUUGAACCUCCCAUUGAAGAUCAACUGGCAUAUCAUACUCUAUGGCCAGAGUCGCAUAAGCUUUAUGGUCAUGGAAAUGAAUUGUUUUCUUUAUGUUGUGAUCGUGAGGGAAAGCUUGUUGCUUCAUCAUGUAAGGCCCAAACAGCAGCAGUAGCAGAAAUAUGGCUGUGGCAAGUGGGUUCAUGGAAGGCAGUUGGUAGCUUGCAAUCACAUAGCUUAACAGUGACACAAAUGGAGUUCUCUCAUGAUGACAGUAUGCUUUUGACUGUUUCAAGAGAUCGACAAUUCUCUGUUUUCACAAUUAAAAGAACAGGUAUUUAUAAAGGAAAUGAUGAGAUUAGUUAUGAGCUUCUAGCAAGACAGGAAGCUCACAAAAGAAUUAUAUGGUCAUGUUCAUGGAAUCCAUUUGGUCAUGAAUUUGCAACUGGUUCAAGGGACAAGACAGUGAAGAUCUGGGCCAUAGAAAACGAAUCUUGUGUUAAACAGAUGAUGACUCUGCCGCAAUUCAACAGCAGUGUCACCGCCCUAUCUUGGGUUGGUGUUGAUCGUCAGCGAAAUCAUGGGCUUCUUGCAGUUGGGAUGGAGAACGGACUCAUUGAACUGUGGAGUCUUACUGUCAAAAGAUCUGAGGAUGGCAGCAUUGCAGUUCCAGGUGUAGCUGCUACUCUUACAAUACGGUUAGAUCCUUCCAUGUGCCAUGUCUCCACAGUAAACCGAAUGUCCUGGAGAAACCAUGAAAAAAGCGAAGAUUGCAAGAAUAUGCUGCUCGCGUCAUGUGGAGCUGAUCAGUGUGUUAGACUGUUCGAGGUGAUUGUGGACUAAUCACCACAUAAAUGUAUUAGUAUCAGUAUCUGUAUCUAUAAACAAAUUUUGUAGCAGCGUAGGUCCAUUAAUUAAUUAAAGGCUUUGUCCUGAUUUCAUUUCAA